AUGAGCGAGGUUCCGGCAUUUACUAGCAUAUUUGCGAGCAAAGGUGUCCACGAUUGGCAGCCGAUGGUCGACUGGGGAUUUAUUACUGAGCCUCAGAUUGCCACGGACGGAAAGUCGAUCCUGUACCCGCGUGGGAAAUGCUUUGGGGGUUCAACGGCCAGAAACUUCAUGGUCUACCAGCGCGGCAGUGUUCAGUCCUACAAAAUGUGGGCAGACCUGGUCGGUGACGAAAGUUACGAGUUUGAAAGUCUCCUGCCCUACUUUGAGAAGAGUCUCAAGUUCACACCCCCCGACACGAGCCGAAGAUUCAAAAAUGGCAGUGUCGAUUAUAAUCCUACCGUGCUAGGGGACGGUCAAGGGCCUUUGUCUCUGACCUUCUCACACUACGUCCAAGCCUUCGGUACGUGGGUGGUGAAAGGACUCGGGGAACUCGGGUUUCCCGUCAUUCCCGGAUUCCAAAGCGGCCAUUUGAUGCGGGACGGCUCGACCAUGGGCCAAGCCUAUAGCAUGUAUAACAUUAACGCAACCACCAUGCUGAGAGAGUCGUCCGAAACAUCGUUCAUGCGACUGGCCAUGGAACAUGAGAACUUUAUCGCCUACCCAUCUACUAUGGCCAAGAGGGUCCUUUUUGAUGAGGACAAAAAGGCCACGGGCCUCAUGGUUGACACGCAGGGUGUCCAGUACAUCCUGUCUGCCCGCAAGGAGAUUAUAUUGUCAGCAGGCUUUAUAGGAACGCCGCAGCUGCUUAUGGUGUCCGGGGUUGGGCCAGCGGAUACUUUGCAAAGAUUAAACAUUCCCGUCCUUGCAGAUCGUCCCGGCGUUGGCCAGGGUAUGCAAGACCAUGUAUAUUUCGGUCCGUCUUAUCGCGUCAACGCUCCAACGAUGUCGUCGCUUUUCGAGAAUCCCAAAUUCGCCGCGCAACAAGCCACCGAAUUUAAAAACAACGCGGCUGGAAUAUACACCAACCCUGCGUCCGAUAUAAUUGCGUGGGAAAAGGUCCCGACGGAAAUGCGCUCAAACUUUACGGAGGCCUCACGGACAAGGUUGAGUGGCUAUCCUGAGGAUUGGCCGGAGCUGGAAUAUAUUUCCCUCAAUGGAUAUUUGGGCUGGAACAACGAUUCCCGUGGGGGAUCCCCGAACGACGGGUACAAUUAUGCAACCUUGGCGGUGGCAUUGGCCUCGCCAUUUUCGAAAGGUUCCGUGACCAUCGUUUCUAACGACACGUUUGUUCAUCCUAAACUCGAUCCCAAAUUCCUUUCCGAGCAGGCCGAUAUAGAGGUUGCAUUAGUUGGUUAUAAAAGGGUGCGACAGUUUUGGCAGACGACCACGAUGCAACAGUUUCUCGUCGAUACGGAAGAAAAGUUCCCGGGCCGCUUAGUCCAAAACGACGAUAAUAUCAUAAGCAUUAUUAAGCAGAGCUACCACACUACGAAUCACGGUUCCUGCACUGCCGCUAUGGGUAGACCUGAGAACCCCAUGGCCGUGGUGGAUGCCCAGGCCCGGGUUUAUGGUGUUCAAAAUCUUCGCGUGGUUGAUGCGUCAGCUUUCCCGCUUUUGCCACCCGGCCACCCGGUUGCUACGAUUUAUGCAUUGGCCGAAAAGAUUUCCUUAUAUUGGACCUUUUUGCAAGGGCAGUUUUACCUAAUGAUUUAA